AUUUAAUAUAUUUCAUAAGGAUGUUUGAGAAUUUCAUAAAGAACUAUCUUUUUGUCGAGUCUUUUGUUUACAGACUAACAUGAAGAAGUAUCCUAAGAUGGCGGCAUCUGCAGUGCUGUGUGUGUAUGAUUGGGCACUUAUUUAGACUCUUAAAAGGACUGCCAAGAACAACAGGUAUUUUUUUUUACCAAGACAACGAGAACAUACCCACUAAGCCGAACAACCUGUGCCCAAUUAUCACAAGCUAGCACACACUGCAUUUCUGAGGUUCUAUUCAGCAAGACUACGCCAGGCGACAGGCAAGCGACUGAAUCACGAGGCAUUCAAGUCGAUAUUUUUGAGAAAAAGAAAAAGAAGUUUGGACUUCAAGCGACUUGUUGAGGACAGAUAUUUGUUUUGGUGUUGUGAUUGCUUUUGUUGCAUUCUUUCGACUGUUGCGCCAUGUCAGUCAAGAAGAUGAAUAGUCCUCAGUGGAAGAAAAUCCAGCCGCCUACAGUACAAGAUUCCGCCAUCUUGUCUUUCCACCAGAGCCCCAGUAACACAAAUGGUUCCCCUACCCCCCCAGCUACAACCACCUCUCCAGGUGCGAGGGAAAAGGGCUUUAUUGACAAGUGUCAGCAUUCCUACGGAUUUAUCCAAUGUUGCGACAAAGAGGACAGACUGUUCUUCCAUUACAGUGAAUAUGGUGGCAAUCUGGACACUAUGAAAGUUGGUGAUCCAGUUGAGUUCAGCGUGUCAAACGAUCGGCGGACAGGCAAGCCAAUAGCUGUGUCUGUUGUACGGUUAGAUCUGCAGACAGUGAUGCCAGAGGUGAUCAGUGAUGAACGAUUUGUUGGGACAGUCAUACAGGAGGCUAAACCUGUGAAAGGGAAGAAUGGCACAGUACUAGGGAGCCAGGAUGGGUUUGGGCGAGUGACCUAUGAACACAGUGGAGAGUGCUUUUUCCUACCAUAUGCCAUGGAAGAUGUUCAGGAACCAAAUAUCAAAAUCAAAACUGGUGACCAGGUUAUGUUCUCUAUUUCUACAGAUCCACAGACACAGACGAUUCGUGCUCGAAAUCUAGAACUUGUCAUACCACCCAGUCAGCGCUAUCAGGGUGUAGUAUGCUCUAUGAAGGAAUCUUUUGGCUUCAUUGAGCGUGCUGAUGUUGUGCGAGAAAUUUUUUUCCAUUACAGUGAAGUGCGAGAUAACAUCAAUGAUAUUCAUUUAGGCGAUGAUGUAGAGUUCAGCAUUCAAAUGAGAAAUAGCAAAGAAGUGGCAGUUGAGAUAGAGAAACUUUCCCCAGGAACAGUCAUUUUUGAAGACGUUGCCAUUGACAAGGUUAUUGGCAAGAUCUUGAAAACUCUAAAGGGGCCUAAUAAUCGUCGUCAGAGUGAUCUUCUUGGAGGCAAAAUCAUGUAUGAAACACCUUUGGGAACGGUUGAGCUGCCAUGGGGUGACAAGGAUCAACAAGGGGAUUGCACUCUUCAUCAAGGAGAUGUAGUCAGCUUCAACAUCGCUACAGACAGGCGAGAUAAACUUCAGCGUGCCACAAACAUUACCCUCCUUGAAGAAUCUUUUAUUAAGUUGGGCGAAAAGAGAGAAACGGGUCUGAUUGUCAGCCUGAAGGAAGGGUAUGGCUUCAUCCAAUGUGCAGAUCGAGAUGCCCGCAUGUUUUUCCACUUCAGUGAAUUUAUGGAUCCUCUGUUUACUCCCAAAGUACAAGAUGAAGUUGCCUUUACUGUCUUGCAGGAUCCGUCCUCUACCAAUCGAUUGGUUGCCACACGAAUCAAACCUCUUCCAAAAGGAUCUGUUUCUUUUCUUACCAUUCACCCAGCCAUGUAUAUUGGAACCAUAGACAAAGAACCUGCCACACACAAAAACCAAAACAAAAACAAGGACACAGAGACAGGCAAUAUUGUGUUUGACUAUGAAGGUGCCAUUCAGCACAUCUCUUACUCUAUAAAGGAAGUUCUGGAUCUCAAAGGUGCUCCACGCUAUGGUGACAAGGUGGAGUUCCAGAUUGGCGAGCAAAAGAACAACAGCAAGAAGGUGGCAGUCAAUGUUCGUGUGGUAAUCCGUAACAUCACAGGUCGAUGUCAAGGGUUUGUAGCUACCCUAAAGGAGAACUAUGGGUUUAUUGAAAACAGUGACCAUGACAGAGAGGUUUUCUUCCAUUACAGUGCAUAUGAUGGGAAUGCAGCAGAUCUCGAUUUAGGGGAUGAAGUUGAGUACACGCUAGCACGAAAGAGCUCCAAACUAAGUGCAGAGAAUAUCCGCAAACUGAACAAAGGAACAGUGGCACCUGAAGAAAUGCUAUGGGACAGAGGGAUACUACAAGGCAAAAUCAUUCGACCUAUGCGCAUUGUAGAUCCAGAGCAAGACGAGUAUUGUGGUCUUGUGCAAGUCGGAGAUGAAGAUGAUGAGGAGGUAGAAACCUUUCCAUAUGGCAUUACCAGCCUGGCAGAUAAACGUGACUUUCUGCAGAAGGGUGAUAUUGUGAAGUUCCAGGUGGCCAAAGUCAAACCAGCAGGUGCUGUGCGUGCCACAAAUAUAGCAGCUCUCCGUAAAUAUAUUCGUGCCAGAGUGGACUCAGUUAAAGGCCAGUUUGGCUUCCUGAACUACGAGGCUGAAGAAGGCAAGAAACUAUUCUUCCACAUGACAGAGGUUCAUGACAGUGCACAGAUCACCCCCGGUGAUGAGGUCGAGUUUGUAGUUGUUCAGAAUCAGCGCAAUGGCAAGUAUGCUGCAUGCAGUCUGCGUAAAAUCUCAGAGACACAACGACCAGAGCGCCUCAUCAGCCGCCUGAAGAGUUUGUCCGAUGAAACUGCUCCCCGCAUCAUCGUGGAACGCCAACCCCGUGGGCCAGACAGCACAAAGGGUUUUAGCAUUCCACGCACACUGUGGAAACCUCCUGCUUGAAGGCAGCAUUUAUGAGGCAUUAUAUAAGCAGAUUGUUUUUGGGUUUUUUUUUUCCUCUUCAACUCCAAAUUCUGUAGUUGAAACCGGUUCUGCUCUCUGCAGUAUUCUGCAAGGGGACAGCUAGGGAGGGUGUGGUUGGGUAAAAAUAGCUACAUUUACAUAAAAUGUGAUGGGGUAGGUGUAUAAAGGUGCAAAUGAGAGUCCAUCAGGGUCUUAUUUUUGGAGUGCUUGUGGUGCCAAGUUGAUGGCCUCUUUAUGUUUUAAAGACAGGAUUUUGGGUCACAGAAACAAGCUUUGGUAAACUUUGUUCUGCCAAAUCUUGGCAAAAUUUCAUGUCUACAUUAUAUGCCAUGCACAAGUUUUUCUCCAUUGUGAUGGAGACAGAGAUAAUAAGGUGUUUUCAGGCAAAGACAACACAAUUAAAAUAAAUGAAAAAAAGACCUUGGAUUUGUUGAUGCAGAUUUAUCUGUUGGUAGAAUAUUUCUGCUUGCACUGAGUGAGGGGGGUGCUAAAACUGUAUGAUAGGCUUUUGGUAGAGAACAGACAUAGACUUGAUCAGCUUUAAGAAAUGUGCUACUUGUUUAAAAAAUCUGAAGGGUUUUUGAUCGAUUUCUUUUCCCCCUCCUUUUUGUUUCUCUGCUUAGGAGAAGUAGAAAACUGUCAGAUAAUGAAGUAUAAAGUUAAAAGAGACCCAAAAUAAAAGUUUUAAAAAUCCAGAAUAGUAGACAUCAGGUUAAUGUAAGAGUAUAACAGAAAAGUAAAGUGCAAGGCUUCCAUCAUUCCUGAACACACUGUGCUUUGAGUUUUUAUUGCUUAAUUUUGACUGCUUUUGCAUCCGUGACCAAAGAUCACAUGACAGUUCUAUCUGACAUCAGAAGCCAGCAUGAGCAUUUAAAAGUAUGAAUUCCAUUGUUUUUACGUAUAAUGAGUAGUUUUUUUUUAAUUAGUGUGUAAUUUGUCCCCCCACACACACACACUUCCUAUGUGUUUUGUGCAAAUUCACAGUUUGCAAUAUUAACAAGACUUAACUGUCAACCAGCAAAAAGGUGACCUACCACCCCACCCACCCUGUGCUCUUCGUGUGGAGUUUCAACUACUAUGCAAAGCUUUCACAUUGAUCACAUUGAGUAGUCAGUCACUUUGUAGCUAUGAUUUCUGAUUAAAACUAUUAAAAGAAAACUUUGUGCAUAAUACUGCAUUCAACUAGGAAAGUGGAUGGCUUUGAGGAAAGGGCAGACCAGACAUAAAAGACAUGACUUUUGAUUGUUGCUUUUUUUUUUUUUUUUUUUUGUUUAUACCUGCAGCAAAGGUUGAUUCUCUUUCCCUACAUUAUCUAAAUAGAAUUUAUUGUAAAGCUUGAAAUUUUAGACAUCCUGUAAAAAGCUAUGAUUUGACAUUACAAAACAGAAUUCAUCACAGUGUAAAAGUAUGUUCUUGAACUCUAAUGUAUAUUUUUUACUACUUUUAGGAUAUUUCAGAGCAUUGACCUGGAACUUCCUCUUUCUCCACUAAAACUUAACACUGAUGCUGUUGUUACGUGAUCUGUCUGUUGACAGAGGUGAACAGUAUUAACACUUGUCCAUGUGCUGAUAGAAGACAAGUCGUUUAAAAAAAAUGCAGAGAAAGAAAUGUUAGUGGAGGCAAAGUCUUGCUCAAAUUUUGGUUCCAGAUAAAAGUUUGCAUCCUACAGGAGAGGGUUGAUGCCAUAAUUCUACAAGAAAACUUUCAGAGCAUUUUUUUCUUUUUUAAAUUUUCGUUUAGGAUUUUUUUUUUUUUUUUUUUUGAGAGGGUGGGGGAGUUGGGGUGGUGAAAGUCUUAUCUUGCAAGGCAGUAGUUUGCUUCUGGAAGAGGCUUUUCAGCUGGCUGUUAUGCAAUUUUAUUGUUACUAAGAUGUCUAAACAAAGCUUUCCCCAUACCCACAGUAUGUGAAUGAUAGGACAUUGCAUAUUAAAACAAUAUUUUCUGUGUGCCUAUGACAGCUGUCAUUAUCAGGGCUUUAGAAUCAGUUUGCUCUCUGGUAAAACUUGUGCAGAAUGAAAAUGGAAAAAAUAGCAGUUUGUGCCUUGAUUUUUGUCUCUUCAUGGUGGCUGAGGAAGAAGGGGUACUGUUAGUAGAAACAUCCAUUCCUACUCUGUAACUAUGGAAAACAUGUAGUCACACUAAAUUGGAAAGGAUUUGUGCAGUCAGACGCUACACUUCAUAUCUUUGUUCAAAAUGAUUCUGUAUAUUUAAGGUACAGCUUUGUUCUCUGUUGUGUGCCUUGUUUGAUUAACAUGCAUCAAGAGUAAGAGUUACAGUGAUUUUUGUUCAUUUUUUAGCCACCAGAUUGCUGGUCAUGUUUAGUAGUACUUGUUUGAAAGAGCUACUUGAAAGGUGGAAACAAGAGUUUUGCUUCGAUAUGCAGCUGGUUAACAUUGUUGGAUUGUAUGGGACACUCAUUGUUUCUUUAGUCAUUUAUAAAAGUACAUUUUUUUAGUUUUGGGACAGAUUGGAAGAAGUGGUAGCAGCAAAGUUUGGGGUGGGGUUGGGAAUAGAUAAAGUUGGUUACAUGGUGCUUAGUUCAAGCUUUCCUGUACACAGUUUUUUAUAUUUUAACUCUUCCUAGUCAGCUUUACAUUUAGCUGAACCUUGACUUAAAGAACACAUUAAGAAAAAUUCAUAUGUAUAUAAUAAUAAACUGCACAUUUUGCUAAAUAUCUUCAGAUUCUGGUAUUUAAAAAACAAACUUGGGAAAAGGCAUGAUUUUCUCAGGUUGAUCCAGUGUUUUGGGGGAGGGGAAAAGGAGGGCAUGACAGUUGAUUCCAGUGAAUUUUUGCAUGCGUAUGUGUGAGCCAUGUGCUGUAAAUGCACACAACAUGUAUGAUUUUGAAGCCAGUUUAAAAAAAACCUUGCGCCAGAUUCGUUGGCUUUUUUUUUUUCUGUCUGUAGUUACUUUUUCUUUAAGAUGUUAUAUGUGAGUGCCUCAUGCAGAGAACACUCUUCGAAACUGUUGUUCAGAAAUAUUUUUCUUAUUCAGCUGCAAAGUUCAUCUUCUCUACAGUGCAUUACAACAUACAGGGACUGUACUUAACUGUGUGUCAUAAUCCUAAAUUUAGAGUAUGUGCAAUGCUUGUCGGAUCAACUUAGUGCAAGUGCUGUGCCUGGUGGUUGCAUUGACAUUUUAGCUGUGAACUUUUUUUUUUUUUUGAAUGAAGAAGUGCAUGCUUGAAGAAUGGAUCCUAAGUCAACUUGUCUUGAGACUUUGUAGCAUGCAUUUUUGUUCUGUUUUUACGAAGGUACCAGAUUCAUGGUACAAGAUGUAUUGUUGGUAGACUGAAGUGGAAUGCAGCAAAGAAGACUGUGUAAUAAAUUGCACAGGUCAUAGUUUCUGUAAAUCAGCAUCUGCAGAGCUUUGCAAGGUAUGUGUACUGUGGCUGUGAGAGAAUUAUUAUUCAACAUACUCAGUUCAUGCUGAAAUCGGGGUGAAAAAUCAAAGAGGUGCAUAUCAGCAGUUACAUCUGUUGUUGGAACUGUUUAGUGCAUAGUUCCAGACAAUUCAAGUUAACCAUUUGACGUUCCUCUUUGGUGCUUUUUUAAGUAUGAAAAUGCCUUUUUAAAAAAAAAUGUUACCACAGUUCUGGUUUGUAUGAAUUACAAGCGUAUGCUGCCGUUGGUAUGCACUUAUGCGAACUUGAAUAUUUUGAGGCUUUUGCCAAUGCAACCUCUUGUGGUUUUUUUUUUAAUCAAGCACAUAAAUGGUGAAGCCUGACCCCCAGCUGAUAACAUCGCUGCCAUAUGGUUUAUAUAGCGGUCAUGCCUAUGGAGAUAGCAAGCAUUUCUCUGCUGCAGGUGUUAACUAUAUAGUAAGCAGGGAGAAUUCGGGAUUGUAAAUAAACUGACCACAAAGCCCAUCCACCCUCCUGCCAACCCUUGGGUCUUGAGACACUUUCUGUGUGGGAUAAUAUUGAGAUCAAAAAAAAAGACUGCACUUGGUGAAUUGGCACUGAAGUACCCAGUGGCUUGAGGUGGUCAUAGUCAUGAAUGAAGCAGGAGCUAAUAAAAAAAAAAAAUCGAAAAGGACUUCAGGCAGCUGUUCAGCAUCGUGGUAGUGCCCCGGUCACUACUGCCAGACAUGCUGCAGAUGAUCAUCAAAAUAAGGUCACUGAAGUUUUGGGAGCUCUUUUGUGCAAUGAGGAUCUGAUGGAAAGACAGCGAUACUGACAGACUUGUUAAAAAAAAUAUAUAUCAAGGUUACUUCCUGAAAUGCAACAAACAUUUUACAAUUUGAAGUGAAAUUUUGGCUACAUUUUGCCUGAACAAACAAUAAAGGACAAGCUGUAGCACA